GGGGAAGGCGGCGGCGACGGGGAGCGGCCGCUUUUUCUUCUCUUUCGGCCCCUUUCUCCGGCCUUCCUCCGCUCCGGCUGGGCCUGGGCACGGCCAGGGACCGCAGCCCGGCCGGGCGGGCGGGGGCAGAGAGUGAAGCCGCCCCCCCGCCCCGCACAAACAAGCGCCACCGUCUGCAGCCCAAGCCCGCACCCCAGCCGCCACCCCACGGGCGCCUCUUCUCGGCCCGGGAGCGCGCUCCGGACGCCCCCCGCGCCGCCGCGGCAAGAAGAGUCGGCUUCGCUACGGCGCUCGGUUCUCCCGCCGGCUCGGCGAGCGGUGGCGGCGGUGGCGGCGGCACUGGGAAAAUGGCGGCCGAGCUCCUUUUCCCUCCCCCCCCUUUAA